AUGGACAACCUGAUAGCGAAAGCGAGCACAUCUGUGCCGCGCUCUAUGCGUGGCCCCGCACCUUCUGGCGCCAAAAAGCACACGCAUAUCACGAAUAAAAAGUUACGCGCCACCCUCGACAGGCAAUCUGCGCAGUCUGCGCGCGCGAAACAGCUUGCGGCUGACGCUGCGCUACUUGCGUCCAACGACGCCGGAACAUUAGAAGUUGAAGGAGAGCUGGAGAGAACAUGGCGCGUGAGCCAGGACGAGAUUGCGAAGGCUGUGGGUGCGGAGGCGGCGAAGGGGAGGAGGGAGUUGAAUCUCGACGGCGGGCCGUAUAGAGUGCGGUAUACGAGGAACGGGAGGCACAUGGCGGUAGUGGGACACAAAGGACAUGUCGCGACCUUUGAUUGGCAGACGGGCUCUAUGCAUAGCGAGUUGCAGCUCGGCGAGACGUGCAGGGACAUCACGUUUUUGCAGGACCAUAUGAUGUACGCCGUAGCGCAGAAGAAAUGCGUGUUCAUCUACGACCGCGAUGGUGUCGAGCUUCACCGUUUGAAAUCGCAUGUCGAGCCUACGCGUCUCGAGUUCCUCCCCUUUCACUGGCUCCUCGCAUCCGUCGGCCUGACCGGUUAUUUGAAAUACCAAGACACAUCUACGGGUCAGAUCGUCGCCGAACACCGCACGAAGCUCGGUCCAUGUAGCGUACUCACGCAAAAUAAGCACAACGCGGUACUCCACGCCGGCCAUGCGAACGGGCAGGUUACGCUCUGGACGCCGAAUAUGCCCGAGCCGGCUGUACGACUCCUGUCGCAUCUGGGUCCCGUGCAGAGUAUUGCGGUUGAUUCUAGCUCCGCGGGGAGGUACAUGGCGACUUCAGGCGCAGACGGGCGCGUCAAAGUCUGGGAUUGUAGGAAUUGGAAGGGCGCAGUACGCGAAUGGAGCGCGCGUGGUGGACCGGCGGAGCUCGACUGGUCGCAGAAAGGAAUGUUGGCCGUUGCGAGCGGCGGCACGGUCAACGUACACCAUCGACCCGCGAUCGUGCAGCCCUUUACGCCACACGUCGCGCCGCCUUUGUACCUCACGCAUCCCGUCCCGCACCGGCCGCUGCAAGGGCUGAGAUUCUGCCCGUUCAGUGAUGUGUUGAGUGUUGGGCAUGGGAAGGGCAUCAGCUCGAUCUUGGUGCCUGGGGCUGGGGAGCCGAACUUUGAUUCGUUGGAGGCGGAUCCGUUCGAGAAUAAGAAGGCGAGGAGGGAGAGGGAGGUGCGCGGGUUGUUGGACAAGAUACAACCAGACGCAAUCGCGCUCGACCCAGAGUUCAUCGGCGGUCUCGCAUCUCAACCCCGUGUCGAAGCCGAUACGCCCUUCGCGCGUCUUCCUCGCCUCGCCCGGCUCGAAGUGGGCGGUAAAGCCGAUACGACCGAGGUGCACUCCGACUCGGACGCGGAUAUGGACGGUGCUGAUGGCGAGGAGGGUGCAGGUAGCAAGCUGACGAAGGAGGAGAGGGCGAAGAGGAAAGAGGAGAAAGAGAAGAAGCGGAUGCGGGGUCGGAAUAAGGCGACGAAGAGGUUCUUGCGGAAGCAGAGGAAGAAUGUUAUAGAUCCUAAGGCCGUCGCGAUUCGCGAGAAGCUGGCGAAGGAGCGCGAAGCGAGGCAGAGGGCUCGAGGAGAGACCACUCUGGCGAAGUAUGCGCCAAGUGUUCUUGAUAGAUUCAAGAGGCCAUUGUAA